AUGCUCGAAUAUGACAUCUAUGAUAAUUCAUCAGUUCUCAAAGUCACUCCGGCUGCGAAUCUCGGCACACCCAGGAUCUCCUCGGUCAAUAGUGGUUAUGACCCUAUUCAACAGAACAUUAAACGCCGAGCAUACCUCUGCAAAACUUGUCAAAGGUCCUUUUCUCGGGAGAUUUAUCUCAGACGCCACAAGAGAAUUGCUCAUGUAGAAGACAACCGCAUCAAGUGCCCAAAUUGUGCAGAGUACUUUACUCCACGUGAUCUUUUAAUACGGCAUCGGGAAGAGGCGCAUAAAAAGAGAUUACUUGGAACAACAGACAUCUGCAGACAAUCACCGGACAUUCCUAAAUUACCAUCUCACACUUCGUCCACUUGGUUGAUAAUGACAUCGAGUCCGCGGAACUCACGUUCCAACUCUUUUAACUCGUCCACUUUAUUAUCAUCUGUUCCUCCAUUCGGACUUACCACCUUAAACUCAUCACUUGAUAGAUUUGAAAUGCAAGGAAUAAUAUUUUUUGCGAGUGGAACUAGAGCGAACAUUGACGUAAUCGGAUUACGCAAACCUCCAGAAAUUCAAGCCGAGCCAGUCGAUAUGUGCCUCUUCUGGAAGAUCUGGUCGCAGUGGACCACUAACUUCUUUUGCACGCAUCGGCAUGAAAACUAUCAAGAUGAUCAGAGGAGCGUGUUGUGUAUAGAAGAGAAUCCUUGCGAUACUUGCCCAAAACGAAACAAAGUUGGCAAAACAGCUUGGACUCAAAUUGGCCGUAAGCGAGGCACACCUUCAGAGGAGAUGGAGUCUAUCGAUCUCUGUCCGAUAUCGUAUUUCCAACCAAUGCCUUGGGGUAUCGAUGUUUUUUGUUUUCAAUACCGGCUCAGUUUCACCGAAGGAGAAGGUACAAUUACCAAGUUGGGUUUGACCAUUGCUGCUCUUAGGCAAAACAUGUCUAGAAAACUUUGGGCGACUUUUUCGCCCCCUAUCGUCGACUGGCACUUACUUUCCGAAUCAAGCUUCAAUGCCAUCACUCAUUGCCCUUGA